AUGGCCGUCGUCUCUGACGGGAAGGGCGCAGCUGAAGUUGUGGUGUUGGCCCCUCCGUCAGAGUUGCUGGAGUCCUGCCUUACUGAUUACGACUGGCUUAGUCGUUGGAACCGGCGCCGCGUCUACCACCCGCCCGGGGAAUCCGAAAAGCAAGCGAAGGCCUCUGCUCGCAUCGAGAGCUUGCUUGCUCGGGCCAUGAAGAACCAUCUGCACGACGCGGAUCCAUCAGCCGCCAAUGCGGCCCUGAAGAAAGCAUUCGGCAAGAAGCUGAUGGAAUGGCUGGAGACUGAGAAUGCCGGAGACACCGAGGUUGACUGGAGCAAGAAGCUGGAGAUCACUGAUGUGAGGCCGCUAGAUGCAGAUGAACAAGAACAAGUCCGGGAUCAAGUUCCAGCUAAGUGGCUUCCGAAAAUACAGGAUUCGAUGUCUUUCAUGAAUUGUAUUGAGAUCGAGGGCCAGGCCAUUCGCGAAAGAAGCGAAGGCUUCUGGCGACGCCCGGGGUUGUCCAAACGUCUUGGUAUUGCUGGUGUUGCGACUGUAAGUGGCCUGACGAUCACUGGGUUACUACUAUACCGUUUUGGUUCUCGGGAUGGUAGUCUCCCCCCGUUAUCACCGAGAGUAGCAACAAACAGUUCCUCUCCAUCGAACACCACGGCCUACAGCUCGUCUCCAACCCACUCUACUCUAUCCGGCACUGCGACCCCAGGCAACACGGCCACCAGCUCUUCGUUACUCACGACGCGAUUCCCAUCCAAGACGCAACUACCGUCCUCGGCGCUCCACCCGUAUGAGGCCGAGGCCUUGAAGUACCAGCGGGCACUGGCGUAUGAUUGUUUAGCCGUGUCCGAGUCCGACUUGGUAAACCAGUGCCACCCGAAUCCGGAAAA